AUCCGCGGACGAAGUACGUUCAGCACGCCAUUCUUUUUUGCCCGCUUUGAUUGAUCCGAACUGCAAAGCAGACUAGUGAUCGUUUGCCGGCGCGCAUUCACUUUGAGAGAUCAUUUAUUCUACGGCAGGAACGUUCGCGCAAUACGAUUCUCACCGAGUCUGUACCAUUGCGAUAUUAAUGCGAUCAACAAAAACGUCUGGCUCGGCGAUCAAUCUCGCUGCUGCUUGCGUCGCUGUUGCCGGCUGGUUGCGGCUCUGCUUCUAGUGGACCUUUCAGUCUGUAGACACUAAUUGUCUCAUCUGCGCCGGCUUUGUAAAGGCGCUUUCGUUUGGUUGUAGCCUUCCGCAAAAAAAGGCGGCACUCCUGAGAGAGAACAGGAAGCUGAUCAUUGUCGCUUCUUGCAUCAUUGCCACGGCAAGCAGGACAAACCGGCUUUUCAAAAGUUUAAUGACCCCGAGUUCAUUUGUGUCAGAUGAGCCGUAGCUCUCUAACAUCGGCCAAUUUUGCUAUAUACGAAGUGAGCAGCACCUUGUAACGUCCCUUGAAUUUCUCCGGACCCAGAAUGGUAUUGUGACAAUCCUCAAUGGAGACGAGUUCACUCAACUCAGCUUGCAAAGUGGCCAACGAUGACCUGUCGGAGAGAACUAAACGUGUGUCGUGUGAUGAAGAUUUGCAGCCAAAUGCCACCAAGGAGCCUCCUGUGGCAGCAUUUCAAGUGCAGACAGCAGAAGAUUCUUCGACCGCAGGCCACACGCGAGAUCGGGGCAAAUGGUCAGGUCGGCUGGACUUCAUCUUUGGCUGCAUUAACUAUGCUGUCGGCCUCGGCAACGUCUGGCGCUUUCCCUACCUCUGCUAUGAAAAUGGAGGAGGUGCAUUUCUGGUGCCUUACUUCGUAUGCCUCGUGCUGACAGCCAUUCCUUCGUUCCUUCUGGAAGUGGCCCUGGGCCAGUACGUUUGCCGCGGCAGCAUUGGUGUCUGGAAGCUGGUGCCCAUUUUCAAAGGUGUGGGCAUUGCUUCCAUGGUGAUGGUGUUCUUCUCGAAUGUGUACUACAUCAUUUUGGUUGCGUGGAUCAUGUUCUACCUUUUCGCAUCCUUCACCAGCAAGCUUCCGUGGCAGGAUUGUGGCAACUACUGGAAUACCGAACACUGCAGGGAACCGAAUGGGACGAGCCUUGUCAACAGCACCUUUACCACACCUGUUCAGGAGUACUGGGAGCAGCGUGUGCUCAACAUAUCAUCAGGGCUUGAAGAUGUGGGCAGCGUGCGGUCUGAGCUGGCACUGUGCCUGCUGCUUGCAUGGACCAUUGUCUUCCUGGUCACAUGGAGGGGCAUUCAUCAGAGCGGCAAGAUAAUUUGGUGUACGGCCCUGUUCCCAUAUGUGAUAUUGCUGGUGCUGCUGGUGCGAGGCGUGACCUUGCCUGGUGCCAGCAUGGGCCUCCUCUUCUAUGUGACGCCACAAUGGGAAAAGCUACUGGACCCACACGUGUGGAUAGCUGCUGGCACCCAGGUGUUCUACACAUUUGGCAUUGGCUUUGGCUCUGUCAUUGCCCUGGGCAGCUAUAACAAGUUCAACCACAACUUCUUCAGGGACUCAAUGGUGCUGUGUGUGGUAAACCCGAUGACGAGCAUUGUGGCUGGCGUGGUGAUAUUCUCGGUGCUUGGCCACCUGGCGCACGUGACUGGCCGUGACGUGGGUGAUGUGUUUCGCUCGGGACCGGGCCUUGCAUUUGUAGCGUACCCCGAGGUUGUGGCCAAAAUGCCUGCGGCACCUGUCUGGUCGGUGCUAUUCUUUGUAAUGCUGCUUGUGGUGGGCAUUGACAGCCAGUUCUGCACAGCUGAAGCCCUCAUAGCCGGCCUCAUUGAUGUGUGGCCCGUGCUGCUGAGAAACCGGCAGCAUGUGACGUUUGUCUUUUGCACCAUCCAAUUUCUCUUGGGGCUCAGUAUGGUCACCAAGGGUGGAAUCUACCUAUUCCAGCUUGUUGACAGCUAUGCUGUGUCGGGCAUGACACUCCUUUUUAUAGUGUUUUUCCAAAAUGUGGCCAUCUCCUGGUUUUAUGGUUCUAACAAGUUUGCCAGCAACAUAAAAGAGAUGAUUGGCUAUGCACCCAACUGGUUCUUUCGUGCUGGCUGGAUGGUGUUUGUGCCCUUCUUUUGCAUUACCAUAUUUGUAUCGUCCAUCAUUCAAUAUCGGCCGCCUGUGUAUGCCAAGACCUAUUUCUACCCCUGGUGGGGUGAGCUAAUGGGCUGGUUCAUGGCAUUAGUAUCCAUGAUGAUGAUUCCCAUCUAUGCCAUCUACUAUCUAAUCACUGCCAAGGGCUCUUUUUUCAAGCGACUCCAACUGGGUGUAACAUCGACUCUAAAGCCGAAGCUCCCAGCUGAAACAGGGCCUCUCCUGGAUCCUCUGGCGAAAGCGGCCCUCGGUGCCGAGUGAUUGGUUGCCUCAGCAGCUCACACGAUUGCUCGUGACGUCUGCAGUGCCUGGUUGCAGGCACGUGACUUUGCUCGUGUUGUGAACAGGCCUUGUUCCUGUCCUCGAAGCGGCACCCAUGCUGCUCAGAGGUCACCAAGAUGUUUCCCAAGGUCACCCUGAUUUGUUGUUGAAGAAAGUAUGUUGUUGAAGGAAGUGUAUUUUUGAAGAAAGUGUGAUCUUGUUAUUAUUUCAACAGCUUUUAAAAGGCAUACUCUGCAUUUUGAUAUACUUUAUUUUCCGUCCCUGUUGUACAACCAGAGAAUAUUUUGUCUAUAAUAUAUUUAGACUGGACAAUU